AUGAAAAUUGCUUAUUAUUAUUUGAAUAAAUUAUUUAAUUGUUCUUUUGAAUGUGGCCAUUUUCCAAAUUUUAUAUUUAAUCCUAAAUUGAUUCAAUUAUUAUUUGGAAAUUCUAGACAAAUUUAUAUUAAUGACUGCACAAUACUUAUUUUAGACUACAAUAUUGAAAACAGACUUCAAUUUAUUUCGAAUCAUUUAACUAGUGCAAAUCUUAAAAUUUAUUUUUGGCUAAAUAAAGACAUUAUGGGAAAAUAUAGAGAUAUGUUAGUUAAAAUUCUAGCAAAUGGAGGUGACAAAUUUAAAGAAGUUGAUUUGUCGUUUCAUACUUACUCAAAAUGUUGGGAUAUUAUUAUAACUGUAACAAUGCUUUAUGAUCAGAUUAUUGAAUAUAUAGCAACAUCUAGAGAUUGUUCAAAAAUGGUACCUAACAUUAUUAUAACCUAUGAUAGUUCCACAAGUCAUAAAUUAAGUAUAAAUAAAAGGGCAGAAGAGGUUAAAAUUGAACAAUUAUAUUAUGGUAUUGAAUGUACAAAAUACCAAAUUGCGAAUAUUCACAAUCCAAAAGUGAGAUUUGAAUUUUGCCAUAAAGAACUGGGUCUUUCUUUCAUUCAUAUCGACAAAAUGAAAGAAUAA